UCUAACUUUCCCCACUGGUGUCUGUCCCCACUGAUAAGAAACACCCUUCUGAGCCAAUCAAAAAACUAAUUCUUCCAAAGAGGGACUCUGUGACUGUUUCUCACAGUGAGCUGCAUUUCCUUCAUUUCCUUUUCUUCCAGAGCAGACUGUUAACUGUAGUGAAGAAUUAUUGAUUACUUCACUCUGUGGCCUGCGAUGUUCAGAUGGGAACGCCGAGGGAUUUUACUAUGAUGAACAGCCUUGAACAUAAAUCUUUGUGUUAAUACCUGAUGUUUUUUCCUUAAGAAUAAUUCCUACAAGUGGAAUUUCUGUGUCAGAAGAUGAAACAUUUUAGAGCACUGAUGAAAAUGGCAACUUCCCUAGACUUCCUUCUCCUCGACUUCCUUGUUGGCCUCAUCUUCUUCCAGCUUCUUACCCCCUGCUCAGCUCAGUUUUCUGUGAUCAGACCCCCUGGAACCAUCCUGGCUGUGGUGGGUGAAGAUGCUGAUCUGCCCUGUCGUCUGUCCCUGAACAUGAGCGCGGAGACCAUGGAGCUGAUGUGGGUGAGAUCCAGCCUUAAGCAGGUAGUAUAUAUGUAUGCAAACGGGCAAGAAGUGGAAGACAAACAGAUGGCAGAGUAUCGAGGGAGAACUUCGCUUUUAAGAGAUGGCAUCGCUGAAGGAAAGGCUACUCUCCGAAUUUAUAAUGUCAGGGCCUCUGACAGUGGAAACUACCUGUGUUAUUUCCAAGAUGGCAACUUCUCUGAAAUAACCCUGGUGGAGCUGAAGUUUGCAGGUGAGCCUCCAGAUUUUACUCUGUGCUAGUUCCUCCCUGGGACCUGGAAGCAGAGGAAGACGUCAUCCUCCAAAUCCACCUCAGAGCACCCUGGCUGGUCACUUGGAACUGCCUCCACCGCCUCCCCAUUUUGUUUCUUUGAGGCCCUUGGGAAAGACAGAGGUUUUCCUCUGGGAAGAAUCCCCCCUUCACCCUAUAAUAUCAAGUAAAGAACUCCCUCAUGCUGGCCACCAAGGUCUAAGCAGGAAAGUGGAAGGUUGGGGAUAGGAAGGAUAAGAAAAUAUCUCCUCAGUGAUGGCACACAGUUGUUCGGGUUCAGGUGUGUUCCAGAUGGCUUCGGUGGCCCCUCCAGGGGCACGGUGCUGUGGGUCCUGGGAGGCUGACCUGUGGGACGGCAUCUGUGCUGCCAAAGUUCUCUAAACAAAGGCCUCUAGGAACAUACCAAGCUGUGUUUAUUAUUUGUUACAGGGAGGGAGAAUGCACGUCAUGUGGGAACCAUGGAGCAUCUCAGUAAGAGAGUGUUAGAGAAGAGUUGCUAUAGGAGUGGGCUUGUGUUAGGGGAGCUCGAAGAGGGUAUAUGGAAGUGGAGCUUUUCUCUGGAUUGGAUGCUGUCACGAAGGUGGGGGGUGUGAUUCUGUGGGUGGGUAUCUUAAAAAAGAGUCAAAUGCAGAGCGGUUUGUAUAGAAUUCUAUCUUUGGUGUAAAGAAGAAAAAAUAAGACCAUAUUUAUAUUUUUAAAAUUUGAUAUACACUUGCAUAGCCCUCACUCUGUGUCAGGCACAUUAUAAGCAUUAAUUUGAUCCUUUACCCUUAUGAGUGGGGUACUGUUAUUACCCCAAGUUACAGAUUAGGACACCAGGAGCAGAGCAGUGAAAUAAUUAGCCCAAGAUCACACUGCCAGUCAAGUGGAGGAGCCAGAAUUUGAACUCAGGCCCUUCAGCUCCAAAGUUCACACUCUUAGCUGCCAUAUUACGCUGAUUAAUUAAGCUAAUAAAUGGAGGCAUGGAGGAGGGAGUGGAUGGGAGACUUGAACGACUUUUUAUAUUUUUUUGAUAUUUGAACCAUUUAAAUGUGACCUAUUGAAAAAAUUAAGUUAGAAAAAACAUGUGAUUCUAUUGCUCAAGUAAUUGAUAUUCAGAUAUGAGAAGCAGACAUUUCAAGACAAGUAAUCUUAUUACGUUAUAGUAAGAGUUUAUCAAAGUCUUACCCAAAGAUUGCUGAGACGUUGGCAGGAGAGAGAGCACUUAAUGUCAUGAGAUCAACUCUGUGAUCCCUGCCCUGGAGGUGAGAGGCUAAAGCUCCAUUUCAUUGCAGACCCCUUUUGGAGGACCCGCACCUUGAUCCUAGCCUUUGCUGGGACCCUGGCAGUCUUCCUGCUGCUUCUCUCAGUAGCAGGUUACUUCCUGUGGCAAGAGAAGCAAAAAGAAGCUGUAUCCCAGGAGAAAGAGAUAUAAUAAAAGGAAAAAGAACCGGCAUGGGCACAAAAGGAACAGAAUGAAGGGUAAAAAGUAUCGGACCUGGGAGGGAACAUAUGACCCUGGCUUGGGGGAGGGAGCCCAAAGACCUCACCCCUUCCCCACCCCACACACCUGCCUUUGCACUGGGUCAUUUCUAAGGUUUAUUUUCCAGCGGUGCUCCACACUCCAUCUCCCUAACAGUAAGUUGUUUUUCCUGCUCAUUUUCCAGAGAAGCUCUAGUGUGAACUCCAUAAAUACUGAUUCCCCCAAGGUCCCAAGUAGUUCUUGGUAUCACUGCUUUAAGAAUCUUAAUGACUGCCUACAUUUGUUCCAUUGCAGACUUGAGAGAGGUGGACUACAGGGCUCUUGCCUGAGUGGCUCUCACAUUUUCUCUGAAUUUACAUCUAAGACUCUCUGCUGGGAUGCUUUCCAGCCCCUUUCCUCAUUCCUAACUCUGCCCUGGGCUGAGAAA